AUGGAACAAAGAAGGAAAUUGAAAAGCGACGAACAUGCCAGUCACGGUGAUUUGAAUAAACUAAAUAAGGAAAUAUCAAGAGAAAUCAGAAAAGACAUAAGAAAACACAGAAACGAAAAAAUUGUUAAUACUAUCGAGGAUAAUAAGAGCAUGAAAAUAAUGAGACGCAAACUUACUAAUGGAAAAAAAGAAAUCGUCAAACUCAAGGACAAAAAUGACUCGAGGAAGUACCUACAAGGAAAGGUUCAAAAUCAGGGUUCUGAGGAUGUUCCGGAAAUCUCUGUAAGUGAAAUUUACAAUGCUCUAAAAAAGAUGAAGAACAAUAAAGCUCCGGGGGAUGGUGGUGUCGUCACAGAAGCGAUAAAGAUGGGAGAAACAGUAUUAAUGACCAAUAUUCAACGGCUGUUCAAUCUUUGUUUGGAAAAUCAAAAUAUCCCUACAAAGUGGAAUAACUCAAUAAUUAUCCUCUUAGAUAAAAAAGGAGACAUAGCAGACCUGGAAAAUUACAGACCAAUUAGCCUUCUUAACCAUCUUUAUAAACUUGCAAAAUUGGACUUCUACCAACCUAAAGAGCAAGCUGGUUUCCGUUCCGAAUUUGGACCAAUGAUCAUCUGCAGUGUUUAA